AGGAAUGCUUCGUGUGCUGUGGGGCAGGAGAUGCUUGUGCGGACCCGGGAGGCAGUGGGGGUCUGUCGCCCUGGGGGUGCACUUGGGAUGGGAGGCAGUGGGGGGAAUGCUGCUGGUCUGGGGGUGCCGGGAUGCUGCGAGGACAUGGAGAGCCGGCUGUUAGUGGGCUGGAUUUGGUGGGGCUGUUGGCGUGGGCAGCCUUUGAGGAUAGGGCUAAAUACUGAAAGUGUCUUGGCGCUGUGGAGCUGGGUGCUGUGGAGCCACUGGAGGGUGCCACAGGGCUGCGCCUGGGUGCAUGGACCUGGUGAGGGAAGGCCUCGUCUUUACCUGGGGUGGGGCCAAAUCCAAGGUUCCCCAGCCCUCGGCUGUGAUGUUGCCAGUGCUGUCGUCUGUGCUGGUGGGCGCGGUGCCUCUCUGGGAUGUGGGGACGGCCAUGGCAAGGUGAGGGCUGGAUCUCAGUGCCCGGCUGGGCAAGAGAAAGUUGCGUGGCUCUGCUGGAGCCUCAUCUCUGUGGUUGUGCUGCUGUCGUCAGGCCGGUGCCUGGGGAGAGUGGGUUGUGCUCUGGAGCAGGCUGGCUGCCUCCCCUGUGGCUUCCCUUCCCAACAGCUGCCGCUAUUGUAGGUGAGGAAGCUUCUCCAGGGGCAGGAAGGUGCUGUGUCUUUGGAGGAAAGGGCCGACCUCAACACCUGCUUCUAGCUGAAGUGUUUUGUUUUUUACCACACUGACAACACAGGGAUGUAUGUCACCCAAAGGCUGCACGGCAGGAAGUUAUUGCUCCACUUUGCACCUGCUGAGUUUGAAGGAAAAGCUCUUGGCAAGCCAAAGGGGAAAUGUGGAGAAGAGGGUGAUGCAAACAUUUGUAUAUCCCAUCUCUCCUAUAUCAGGGUAUAGAAAGUCUGGGCAGGAGCCAUGCCUGUGACCUGGAAUGGGCUGCUGGGUCUGAGGUCCACAUAUCCAGCAGAUCCCAACCUUGGGGUGAACCCUGUGCUCCUCAGGCAGGGUGGAGGAGAGCCCUUUGGGCAGCCCAUUUGGAUGCUGCAGCUUCUGCCCUCACCCUCCAUGCUGCUCCCCAGGGAUUAUGUUGGUGGGCAUAGCAGCACAGAGGGAUGAUCCCUGUGGGAGUGACUCUGAGCUCUAGCACCAGUGCCUGGCACCAGAUCAAGGCAAGCCCAGGUUCAGAACGUGCCUUGGCAGGACCUUGGGGCAGCCUCGCUGCUUAAUAUUGAUGGGUAUUGCCUGCACAGAGGCCCGGGGGCCCCAGCCCUGCAGAUCGUUUUCCCAUGUGCUGGGCCAGAUCGGGUUCCUCAUCACUCCCAGCAAAGCUCUCAGACAGGACAAGGGGCUCAGCAGGCAGGGCAGCACUGGCCCGGAGCUGUCCCUGGGCCUCUCAUUUGCUGGUGUGUGGCACUGUUCAAGGAUCCAGGCAAGGAGAAGGAGGAACUGUUGGGACUCUUGGAGUGAAGCUGGGAGGGUGGCCUCUGCAACUUGGUCCAAAAGUUGAGGUGAAGGGAAGUAGCAUCCUACUUUUUGGGGUUAAGGAGAGACUAGGGGAAGAGGGGUAAUCCUGUAAUGGUUUCUCCACAUGUUCCUUGCAUGGAGACACGAUCCUACAUGAUCCUUGUGUGAUUCCCCUGUUUCUGAACAUGUUGUGAAGGGCUGAAAUCAUCCCUGGAUAUGGCCCAGCAUCCUGGAUGCUCAUGCCUUCUCUGGUUUCCUCUGAGUCAGACUCUCCAUGUCGCUCCCCCGGCCCCCUCCCCGCUGGGAAAGACGAGAUGGGACCAGAGAGCACCUGAGCCCAGAUGCUGAGGGGCCUGUGCCCCCUGCUCCAGGCAAAGAGACAUCCCAGUGACAGCAGCCCCGCAGCCUCCAGGAGCCUGGGCUCAGUUUCUCCAGCUCGGCAUCCUUCUCAGUUCAGGGAGCUGCACUGCCGGCGUCAGCACGUCAGGGAGGGGAAACCCUUCCCAAGGGACAGCCAGGCAGCAGGGUGGCCUGCCCACGCCGAGCUCCUGUCCCCCCAGGCGUGGUGUGGCAGGGAUGAGGAGCCGGCAGCGGAUGUUUGCCGCGGUGAUGCGCCUGCUCCUCAAGUGCCUGCGGCUGGGUCGGCGGCGGCGGUUCAAGCUGAUGCGGCAGGUGGAGCAGCUGUGGCACUACGGGCACCUCUGCCUCCGCUCCCUGCUCUACAACUCCUUUACCAACGGCGAUGUGGUGCUUGACUCUCUCUUCGAGCCGGUCUACUGGCUGGUGGACCAUGUCACCCGGUGGUUUGGUGUGGUGUUUGUGGCACUGGUGAUUGGGCUGACGAGCUCUAUUGUGGCCAUCGUGUACAUCUGCCUGCUGCCCCUCAUCCUGCAGACCUACACACCUGCCUGGGUAUGCUGGCACCUCACCUAUGGACACUGGAACCUCAUCAUGAUUGUCUUCCAUUACUACAUGGCUAUCACCACUUCACCUGGGCACCCACCACAGGCCAAGAACGACCUCACUGGUGUGUCCAUCUGCAGGAAAUGCAUUGCCCCUAAGCCAGCUCGCACCCACCACUGCAGCAUCUGCAACAGGUGUGUGCUGAAGAUGGACCACCACUGCCCCUGGCUAAACAACUGUGUGGGACACUACAACCACCGCUACUUCUUCUCCUUCUGCUUGUUUAUGACCAUGGGCUGCAUUUACUGCAGCAUCAGUGGCUGGGAUAUGUUCCGGGAUGCCUACGCAGCCAUUGAGAGAAUGAAACUGCUUGAGAAGGAGAGACUGCAGGUGGCUGCCAACCAGACAUACUACCAGACCCCACCACCCACCUUCUCCUUCCGCCAGCGAGCUUUCCACAAGAGCGUGGUCUAUCUCUGGGUCCUGUGCAGCUCGGUUGCACUGGCCCUGGGUGCCCUCACGCUGUGGCACGCUGCCCUCAUUACCCGUGGGGAAACAAGCAUUGAACGGCACAUCAACAGAAAGGAGAGGCAGAGACUGCAGAAGAAAGGCAAGGUCUUCAGGAAUCCUUACAGUUACGGCAGCUGGGAUAACUGGAAGGUGUUCCUGGGUGUGGAUGUGCCAAGGCACUGGCUCACCCGUGUCCUGCUGCCCUCUCCUCACCUGCCCCAUGGGACAGGCCUGAGCUGGGACCUGCCUCCCUGUGUGACAGAGCAACAUGCGCCACUGCUGGCAAUCUGAGACCCUGUGCUCUGGACAUCCCUUCCCCCAGGCCGGGGACCUGCUCUGCUGCAGCAGCUUCAGCAGCUUCUUUGGCCAAAGUGCCUGGCAGAAGGCUGGCACAGAUUUCUGACUGGAGCCAGAGCCAUGGAAGCUCUGUGGACUGUGCUGGUGCCUGGACACCUUCCCUCUUGGCUCUUGGUGGCUGCAGGCAGCCCAGGGGCAAGGUUGGCAGAGCUGUUGCUCCCUGAUCCAGAUGAUGGUGCUGCCCUCAUUAACACAGGUACAGGCCAGCAGUGGCCCAGCUCAGCUUUCUGAAGGGCUAGGUGCAGAGGAUUACAGCCCCAUCCCCCAAGUAUUCCCCAGGGAGUCUUUUUAAGACCAUCUACUAAA